CAAGGAACAAUUUUUUUCAACUAUUUAGUUGAUCUAAUAAAAGAUAUCACAUCUACCCAAAGAACCUUGUCUAAAUUAGUAAUUAGUGCUUGUAUUUGGUGUCUAUAAAAUUAUCUGCUGCUGGGGAAAUCUUUUGAAAAGUUAGCCAGUGUACCCAGACUAUGGCCAUUAGAGUUGAGAAGUCUAAGAGAAUUGGAGAAGCAGGAAAAUCUUUGGAGAGGAAUCUUUCUUUAAAAUGGAUGGCUAAAGACCUCUUUUCCAUGUGAACAUCAGCUACUUCUUCAUGAUCUGGCAUAAAAACAAGGGUGGACAAAAUGCAGCCCGCCAGGCCAUUCUAUCUGGCCCAGUGGGCUCCUAAAAAUUUUAGAAAAUUAAUAUUUAUUUGCACCUGCUUGCCUGUCAUGUGGUCCUCGAUGGCUUGCCAAAACUUAGUAAGUGGCUCUCUUCUCAAAAUAAUUGACUGUCUCAGCUUUAAAAGGUUGUUUUUAGGCCUUACACCUGUGAGGAAUACCUUCUAAACUUGAACAGUGUAAACUAUAAGGUAGUGGCAUCCAUCUGAGUCUGUAGGUGACUCCAUCACUUUGCUGCAGUACCACAAACAGCAGCAGUGAAACUCAGGGCGUAUUCACACGUGCUCCAGGGUAGGGGGAUGGGAACACUUUAAUUAGUGCUCUAAUUAAAGUGCCUGCAGUGUCACAUUUAUUCAGCGUCCCACAUUUCAAAAUGGCAGCAGGGGUGCUUUAACGAAAGUUCAUUGAACAAGCUUUCAUUAAAGUGCCCCAACCACCUUGAAGCGUAGGGAUGUCGAGAGAUUAAGAAAAUGUAGGCUAACAGAGAUAUAUUUCUUCAUGGUAUCCAAAGGACAGGAUGAGAAUGAUCCCUUUGUCUUUCAGUAGUUGUAGGAGACUUCACAUUUAUUAGGCUCCUACCAAUCCAUGCUGAUACAGAUAGAGAAGGACAAGAGUAGUCCAGAGAUGUUGGUUCCUCCAUUGGUAGAUACUAUGGAUAGAUGGAGGGACUCCAUCAUUAUUUUGGUAAGAAGUGUCCAUGCUCUUGAAUUUUUGGUAAGAUUUCCAAGAUUUGUACCUGAAAAGUUACGUUAUAAGAGAAGUGUGAUUGUUUUAUAAUAGUAGUCUGGAGUUUGUGGGGUUGUAUAAAUUGGGGGAAUGUUUCCUUCCCUUCCCCUCACUUAACUGAAGGAAAGGUGUUAUAUGAGUGAGUGGUAUGCGUGUGGUAAAAUAGAUUAAGUGAAAGUCAGUUUAAGUGUAUUUUGUUUCUCUCUCUUCCCAGACCCUCCCUCUGAAAAUAUUGCUGCAUAGAUUUAUUUGUUUUGGUUUGGCUUUCACUUUCAUUUUCCCUAAAUAAAUAAAUAAAUGAAUGAAAAUUCAGUCUCUUGGUGUGCUGGUAUCUGGAAACUUAUUUUUUGUUAUGGCAAUACCAAUUAGCUAAGAAAAGCAGAAACUAAAUACCCUGAUUUAAUCCUGACUAAAGCCAGGUGAAGUUUGAUGAAGACGGCAGAGGAUGUGCUAGUCAGGACAGAAGAAGAGCCUAGUAAGAAUGGGUUUCCUGAGUGUAAGCAGGAAAUUGGUUAUGGAGGAGCAGAAGCCUGAUGUACCUGAUACAAACUGGGUGAGCUGUAUACAGGCAGUCCUGGCUGUGGAACCUUAAUUUCUUUUAUGUGAAUGCUUUUGUCCUGUACUUUCCUAGUUUAAGGAAGGGUAAAUGUGUUAUGUAACCCUUAAGAAAGAAGAGGACUUUCUGAGAGUUCCCUGUAAUGGAGGGGGGAGCUAGAAAGAGAUGCUGUGGCAGACAGCAUAGGGAAGGAGAAGAUGUUGAGCAUGCAAGCAAGAAGUUCUACAUGUCUCUAUCCCCCUCCCUACCACCUUCUGUGCUAGUCUGUUACAAAGAUGUAAUGAGGGCAAGAAGGGAAAGGUGAAGCAUUGGAAGGAGGGGACUUUCUAAACUAAAUAUUUUGGUGCCUGCUUUUAAAUACAGUACUUACUGAAUAAUUAAACCUGUCUUAUCCUUUUAGAUGAUUGCAGAGGAUGAGACUGUGAAGAUCUGGUGGCACUGAUCUGUGUAAGACCGUGAAAAAAGGAGUUACUUAGGCCUCCAUUAGCAAGCUAAAAGUGACUGAACCAUGGCUCAGUUUCCAACACCUUUUGGGGGCAACCUGGAUAUCUGGGCCAUAACUGUGGAAGAGAGAGCUAAGCAUGAUCAGCAGUUCCAUAGUCUGAAACCAACAUCUGGAUUUAUCACUGGUGAUCAAGCUAGAAACUUUUUUUUUCAAUCUGGAUUACCUCAACCGGUGUUAGCACAGAUAUGGGCACUGGCUGACAUGAAUAAUGAUGGGAGGAUGGACCAGUUGGAAUUUUCUAUAGCUAUGAAACUUAUCAAACUAAAACUACAAGGUUAUCAGCUCCCCCCUGCACUGCCCCCUGUCAUGAAGCAACCACCCAUUGCUAUUUCUGGUGCACCAGGGUUUGGUAUUGGGGGUAUUGCUGGCAUGCCGUCUCUUACAGCUGUCGCCCCAGUGCCAAUGGCAUCCAUUCCAGUAGUAGGGAUGUCUCCACCACUAGUAUCUUCUGUUCCUACAGCAGCAGUGCCUCCCCUGGCUAAUGGAGCUCCUGCUGUUAUACAACCUCUGCCUGCUUUUGCUCAUCCUGCCACAUUGCCAAAGAGUUCUUCCUUUAGUAGAUCUGGUCCAGGGUCACAAUUAAACACUAAACUGCAAAAGGCACAAUCGUUUGAUGUGGCUAGUGUGCCUCCUGUGGCAGAAUGGGCUGUUCCUCAAUCAUCAAGACUGAAAUACAGGCAACUGUUCAAUAGCCAUGAUAAAACAAUGAGUGGACACUUAACAGGUCCACAAGCAAGAACUAUCCUUAUGCAAUCAAGUUUACCACAGGCUCAGUUGGCUACAAUAUGGAAUCUUUCAGACGUUGACCAAGAUGGGAAACUUACAGCAGAAGAGUUUAUUCUGGCUAUGCAUUUAAUUGAUGUGGCCAUGUCCGGCCAGCCAUUGCCACCUGUACUGCCUCCAGAAUAUAUUCCACCUUCAUUUAGAAGAGUACGCUCUGGCAGUGGCGUCUCUGCUGUAAGCUUGGUGUCCGUAGACCAAAGGUUACCAGAAGAACCAGUGUUGGAAGAAGAACAGCAGCAACCAGAAAAAAAAUUGCCAGUAACGUUUGAAGAUAAAAAACGUGAAAAUUUUGAACGUGGCAACCUGGAACUUGAAAAGCGGAGGCAAGCCCUUCUGGAGCAACAACGCAAAGAGCAAGAGCGCCUAGCACAGUUGGAACGAGCCGAGCAGGAAAGGAAAGAACGUGAACGACAGGAGCAAGAACGUAAAAGGCAACUAGAGCUGGAAAAGCAACUGGAAAAACAACGGGAAUUAGAACGUCAGAGAGAAGAAGAAAGGAGGAAAGAAAUUGAAAGGCGAGAGGCAGCAAAAAGGGAACUUGAAAGGCAAAGACAACUUGAAUGGGAGCGUAAUCGUCGGCAAGAGCUAUUAAAUCAAAGAAACAAGGAACAAGAAGAUAUAGUCAUUCUGAAAGCAAAGAAAAAGACGUUAGAAUUUGAGUUGGAAGCUCUAAACGAUAAAAAACAUCAGUUGGAGGGAAAGCUUCAAGAUAUCAGGUGUCGACUGUCUACCCAAAGACAAGAAAUUGAGAGCACAAACAAAUCUAGAGAACUGAGAAUUGCAGAAAUUACCCAUUUGCAACAGCAGUUACAGGAGUCUCAGCAGAUGCUUGGAAGAUUAAUUCCAGAAAAACAGCUACUCAAUGACCAGUUAAAGCAAGUUCAGCAAAACAGUUUGCACAGAGAUUCACUUCUUACUAUCAAAAGAGCCUUAGAAGCCAAGGAACUAGCACGCCAGCAGCUUCGAGACCAGUUAGAUGAAGUAGAAAAAGAAACCAGAUCUAAACUUCAGGAGAUUGAUAUUUUCAAUAAUCAACUGAAGGAACUGAGAGAGAUACAUAACAAACAGCAACUUCAGAAGCAAAAGAGUUUAGAAGCAGAGAGGCUGAAACAGAAGGAACAAGAGCGGAAGACCGUAGAACUGGAAAAGCAAAAGGAAGCCCAAAGACGAAUCCAGGAACGGGAUAAACAGUGGCUUGAUCGAGUUCAACAGGAGGAGGAACACCAGCGGCAAAAAAAACUUCAGGAAGAUGAAAAGCUAAAAAGGGAAGAAAUAACCAAGAAGAAAGAAAGUGAGGAGAAGGGCAAGCAGGACAUGCAAGAAAAGCUAAAUAAGCUUUUCCAACAACAUCAAGAGCCAGCCAAGCCAGCAGUCCAGGCUCCUUGGUCAAGUGCAGAAAAAGCUCCACUAACCAUUUCUGCUCAGGAGGAUGUAAAAAUAGUAUAUUAUCGAGCAUUGUAUCCUUUUGAAUCCAGAAGCCAUGAUGAAAUCUCUAUUCAGCCUGGUGACAUUGUCAUGGUAGAUGAAAGCCAGACUGGAGAACCAGGGUGGCUUGGAGGUGAACUGAAGGGAAAGACUGGAUGGGUCCCUGCAAGCAAUGCAGAGAAAAUACCUGAUAAUGAAGUCCCAGCUUCUGUUAAACCAGUACCUGACACUACAGCUGCACCUAAAGUUUCUGUGCGUGAAACUCCCACAUCUCUGGCAGCACCAGCUUCUACAGAAUCUACUACAACCACCGCCAACAACUGGGCAGACUUCAGCUCAACGUGGCCAACUAGCACUAGUGAGAAGCCAGAAACUGAUAACUGGGAUGCUUGGGCAACCCAGCCAUCUUUAACUGUUCCAAGUGCAGGACAGCUGCGGCAAAGAUCAGCCUUCACUCCAGCCACUGUAACUGGAUCAUCUCCUUCUCCUGUCCUGGGUCAAGGUGAAAAAGUAGAAGGGCUUCAAGCACAGGCUUUAUAUCCUUGGAGAGCCAAGAAGGACAACCACCUUAAUUUUAACAAAAAUGAUAUCAUAACAGUUCUGGAGCAGCAAGAUAUGUGGUGGUUUGGAGAGGUCCAAGGUCAAAAAGGAUGGUUUCCUAAAUCAUACGUGAAGCUUAUUUCAGGCCCAAUAAGGAAGUCAACAAGCAUGGAUUCUGGUUCCUCAGAAAGUCCUGCUAGCUUAAAAAGAGUAGCAUCACCAGCAGCAAAAUCUACUACGUCAGGUGAAGAAUACAUUGCUAUGUACACUUAUGAGAGUUCAGAACAAGGAGACUUAACCUUUCAACAAGGAGAUCUGAUUCUUGUGACAAAGAAAGAUGGUGACUGGUGGACAGGAACAUUGGGUGAUAAAUCAGGAGUCUUUCCUUCUAAUUAUGUGAGACUCAAAGAUUCAGAGGUCCCUGGAACUGCUGGAAAGACCGGAAGUUUAGGAAAGAAACCUGAAAUUGCCCAGGUUAUUGCCUCUUACACAGCAACGGGUCCUGAACAACUUACCCUUGCUCCUGGUCAACUUAUUCUCAUCAGAAAAAAGAAUCCAGGUGGAUGGUGGGAAGGAGAACUUCAGGCACGAGGGAAAAAGCGACAGAUAGGAUGGUUUCCUGCUAACUAUGUAAAACUUUUAAGCCCCGGUACCAGUAAAACUACACCAACCGAGCCACCUAAAUCAACAACAUUACCUUCAGUGUGCCAAGUAAUUGGCAUGUAUGACUACACUGCACAGAACGAUGAUGAACUGGCAUUCAAUAAAGGCCAGAUCAUAAACGUCCUUAACAAGGAAGACCCAGACUGGUGGAAAGGAGAAGUGAAUGGACAAGUGGGUCUCUUCCCCUCCAACUAUGUGAAGCUGACAACAGAUAUGGACCCCAGCCAGCAAUGGUGUGCAGAUUUACAUCUCCUGGAUAUGUUGACACCUACGGAAAGAAAAAGGCAAGGGUAUAUCCAUGAACUUAUUGUAACAGAAGAGAACUAUGUGAAUGAUCUGCAGUUAGUCACAGAGAUUUUCCAGAAACCACUGAUAGAAUCUGAGCUGCUCACAGAAAAGGAAGUGGCUAUGAUUUUUGUUAAUUGGAAGGAGCUUAUUAUGUGCAAUAUCAAGCUACUAAAGGCACUGCGUGUUCGUAAGAAGAUGUCUGGAGAGAAGAUGCCAGUGAAAAUGAUUGGUGACAUACUAACGGCACAGCUACCACACAUGCAACCUUACAUUCGAUUCUGUAGUUGCCAGCUUAAUGGAGCUGCACUCAUCCAGCAGAAAACAGAUGAAGUCCCAGAGUUCAAGGAAUUUGUUAAAAGGUUAGCAAUGGAUCCGCGCUGUAAAGGAAUGCCACUGUCAAGUUUUCUACUAAAGCCUAUGCAACGGGUAACAAGAUACCCACUAAUAAUUAAAAAUAUCAUCGAAAACACUCCUGAAAAUCACCCUGACCACAGUCACCUGAAGCAUGCUUUGGAAAAAGCUGAGGAAUUGUGCUCCCAAGUAAACGAAGGAGUGCGUGAGAAGGAAAAUUCAGACAGGCUGGAAUGGAUCCAGGCUCAUGUUCAAUGUGAAGGUCUAUCUGAGCAACUUGUAUUUAAUUCAGUUACCAACUGCUUGGGACCACGCAAAUUUUUGCACAGCGGGAAACUCUACAAAGCCAAGAGCAACAAGGAGCUGUAUGGUUUUCUGUUCAAUGAUUUCCUCCUGCUGACUCAGAUCAUAAAGCCCCUUGGCUCUUCUGGUACCGACAAGGUCUUCAGCCCCAAGUCUAAUCUGCAAUAUAAAAUGUACAAAACUCCCAUUUUUCUGAAUGAGGUACUAGUCAAAUUACCUACAGACCCUUCUGGAGAUGAGCCCAUCUUCCAUAUCUCCCACAUUGAUAGAGUCUACACACUUCGUGCAGAAAGCAUAAAUGAAAGGACUGCCUGGGUUCAGAAAAUUAAAGCUGCUUCAGAACUCUACAUAGAGACUGAGAAGAAGAAGAGGGAAAAGGCCUACUUGGUUCGUUCCCAAAGGGCAACAGGCAUUGGAAGGUUGAUGGUGAACAUUGUAGAAGGUAUUGAACUGAAACCCUGCAGGUCACAUGGAAAGAGUAACCCCUACUGUGAAGUGACCAUGGGCUCUCAGUGUCACAUCACCAAGACUAUACAGGACACUCUCAAUCCUAAAUGGAAUUCAAACUGCCAGUUCUUUAUCAAAGACCUAGAGCAGGAUGUGCUGUGCAUAACAGUGUUUGAGAGGGAUCAGUUCUCCCCAGAUGACUUUUUGGGCAGAACAGAAAUCCGUGUGGCGGAUAUUAAGAAGGAUCAGGGCUCAAAAGGACCAGUCACAAAGUGUCUCCUGCUUCAUGAAGUCCCAACAGGAGAGAUAGUAGUCCGACUAGAUCUGCAGUUGUUUGAUGAGCCUUAGAGGGAAAUCAGUAUUUCAUUUUAAUCUGAGUUCACUGCAAUAGGUGUCUGCAGAAGCUGUCUCAAAAUCCUUAUCCCUUUUAUAUGAAACUACUGCUUGCCCUUCACGUGCAAGAGGGUUAUCAACGCAAACAGGAGCAUCUAUGUGCCUUGAUAAUCCUUGCUGAAAACUGCACCCCUAUUUUGUGAGGAAACUUUUCUCACCCUGUAUGUGGAACUUUACCAUAAUUUUCAGGGCUCCUGAAAAUAACAUAGUGGUAACUUGUGCUCCAGUUUGAAAGGUUAACAAACCGUAUAGAUAUCUGCACUUGCACCAGUUACACUAUUAUUUAACUUUCAUGAAGCAGUCAGUGUCUCUACCUUUGAAGGUUUUCUGUAAACUUUUCCCCUAAGAAUGUUGUGCCUAUUACCCCACAAAAGUGGUGUGUAAACAUAACGUGAAUGAACACUUACCAGGUAAGAUGAUCGCCAAUAAUUUACCUAUAGAUCUUCACGGUACUAUUGCAAAGAUUUUCUUUUUUUUAAAAUGUAUAAUAAGCAGAUCUGAUGUUGUUAGUGCACCACAUGCAGACUCAGCCUCUCAAAAUAGGGUUCAAGUGGAACUGAAAAUUGUGCACAGGCUUUGCACUGUCCCUCUGCACAGAGCUGAAUUUCACCUUAAGAGUGCACUGACUUUCAAUACCUGUUGAAGUUUCAUUUUUUCUGUAGGGUUGUAAAUGCUUGAAUAAUGAGCACAAGUGAUAGAGAGCCCUGCUGAAUGUUGAACUGUAUCACUCAAAUACUACUUUAUGUGCGUAAACUGAUGGAUAAUCUGGUCACCAGCUGUAAUUAAAAAAAAUCACUGCGCUAGCUCAGGAAGCUAAUUUAUACCCUAUGGAGUCUAGUUGGAAAAGCAAUUAGUGGUGACUGGUUAUUAAAUUGUACUGUGCCUAAACAUAUUUGACAUCAUGGUGUUGAAAUCAGGGCAGUAGCAUAUUGUAGCUCACAAAGACAUUCAUUGCAAACCAGGUUUAUUAUAAAUUUGUUGGCUGUAAUAUUUGAUGUGACCAGAAACAAAAUCUUUGUUUGUGAUUGUGCAGAGUGAGUAACCCCAAAGCAAAAGGGUCUUGUUAUCUUAGCGAGGGGAGGGGAGUACAGGAGUUUUCCCAUGUAACUCCCCACACCCAUGCAAGCUGAGAUUUGGCAAAACGUCCCUAUUCAGCAACCUUGAGCACAGGCUUAAAUUCUACUUUCUUUAAGCACAUGCUUUAGUGUUUGCUGAUUUGGGACUUAAGAGGACAGUAGACCCCCUGAGAGUAACAUUCCUCUUUGUUCUGCUUGGAGUCCUUUUGUUCGUUAUCUAAUGAUCAUGCAUAAGCUGGUAUUUUUGUAAUGGCUUCAUUUCAGAAUGGGAGGUGUUAACCAUUUCACUAGCAUGUUGAUGUUUUUGUGGAGCUUGCUGUUAGGUUUUGAUGUUCUUUGCAUGUUGUUUUGGUACUAGUUUCCACCUUUCCUGUAUAGAUGGUAUUCUCUAGCACUGCAAGUCUUUACAAUUUCCUUUAGGAAAUUAGGAUAUCUUCAUAAUGGAUAUCUAGUAUGGUGAUAAGUGUAAAACGUGAGGGGAAGUGUCUGUGUAUUAUAAUUUCCUACAAGACCACUGUAAUGUUUCAGGCAAUUGAAAACAUAAUCCUGUAUGUUGGAGGGACAACAAAGUUUACAUUUCAUACUUUUAAGAAUCGCUUUAUUAUUUAUUUAUUGAAGAUAGUGUAGAAUUUUGUAUCAGAAAUGACAUACUUAUGUAUUUUUUGAACAAAGCAGAGAUACACACUUUAGUUAGAAACUUUCAACUGACCACAUUUUAGAGGAAGUUUAACUUCAAGGCAUGCAUUUGUUUACCACUAACUGGCUGAAAACACAGUUAAAAGAACUUUUAAGUUUCUAUUUUUCAAUGUUGUUAAGAAAAUUGUUUCAAUUAAACAUUGUAAAUAGUACUAAACCCAUGCUUUCCUAUUUCCAUAUCAAUACAUUUUAUUAAAUAUAAUGUAUAUGAAAAUACACAUUGUCGUGGUAGGAAGAGUGAUAAAAUCUAUUAAUGGAGUAACAUUAAAUGUCAUUGUUCUAACCUUUUAUUGCUGUCCCAACUUUUCUCAAUAGCUGUAAAUAAGCUUAAUGUUAUAUCUCACUGUUUAAGAAGUAGUUUCAGGAUCCCUUUUGAAGACAUCAUUUCACUAGCAUAAAUUAUUCAAAAUAAAUAGGCACGUAAGAAAAGUAACUUGGGUUUAAGAGAAGAAUCUCUGCUGGGAUUUUGAAAGGAGCCUAAGAAGGUGCCCAAAUCCCUGUGAAAUUCGGUUGAGAUUAGGGGCCACUUAACUCUUGUAGGAUCUUGCAAAAACAGCAGCUCUAAUCCUUAACAUGUCUGAUUGCAUCUUAAAUUCAUCUUCUUACUUGCAUCUUCAAGUGAUAACAUCACUUGAAAGCUCAAACUGUAGUUUAAUCUUGAUGCACAUGAAUUUAGGUUAUCUACUUCAUAUUGAUGUGACUAGGAACCAAACAAGGGAGGUGAUGGGAGAAGUUUGGGAGUGUGCUUCAUUAUUACCCAUCUCUCUACAAUCACAGGAAACUAAUUAUAUGGAGAUCAUGAAUUAAAUCUUAUGCAUCAAGGAGAUUAUGUGAUCAUUAGUGCCAGACUACUGUGCACAGAGUUGUCCUUUUUUCUCCUGUUCACCAGGAAGAUUCAGUAAUAUAUUGGCACUGCCAGUUUCUGGAACAGAAUUUUUUUUUUAUUUAGAGUUAACCAAAAGUCCUAAAAGUAUCUGAUCUACUGAUCAGUUGUCGUAAAUUUUCCCUUGUUCAGGAAUUAUACAACCUUGUAUGAUAUUCAUAAUGAUUCGGUGGUCACACAGGAUGUCAGAGUUGUCUGCUCUUUUGUUCAUCAUAGUGACAAGCCUCACAGUCAUCGAGGACUUUAUUCUCCAAAGCAUAGGCCACUAUUACUUAAGGUCUUUGUUAGCCACAGUGCUGUUAAGGCUUAUGUAAUCUAUCCCUAGAGAUCAGUGUGGACUGAUGUUUUAACUGUUAGGAGGACAAGAGACAUUCAGAGGAGACAGUACCAUACAUUGCAUGGAAAUGAAUUAAAAACAUUAUCUGAGCAUAUUUACAAGGUAGACCAACAUUACCAUAAUGAUAGAAUAUUGACCUGCAUUCUUAGAUGGGUGACCCAUUGCAAGUCACACUGUGCUACACUGGGUGAUGCUACUUCAUAUUAGACUUUAUAUUUCAAUAGCUCUCAAAGGGUCAUAGCCCCUUUAUGCUAGGUCUUUUAUACAGGCAGCAGUAACACAGCCCCUUCCCAAAGAGUCCCCGCUCCUAAGGGGCCUCUAUUUAGGCACUGUAACACCUAGAUUCAGGUACCAAAUCAAAGGGGUUAGUGAAAAUCUUGAUUCUGUGGGCAGUCAAGGAAACCAUCCUUCACCCCAUUCUUCUUUACUGAGGGAUUGGAGUGCAUUUCAGUCCCUCACCCUCUGUACCUCCCUACCCCUCCCCUACCAUCCUUUGGGGACAGGGAGGCCCUUUCCAUUUUCUUGCCCAGUCCAGAGCAGGUGGGAACUCUCACUGCAGACCCCUUUACUCUUGGUUACUAUUUACAUCCUCCUGCUGCUCAACAGCCAGAAAAUGUAUUGUUUACCUGGGCUUUUUUGUACACAACAGCAGUCAUGGGAAUUAACUAGUUAAUUAACUAGUUAAACAGUUAAAGAAAUGGCUAACUUUUAACUUUAACUAGUUACAUUUUUCAGCUGUCAACUUUUAACUUUAACUGGUUAAAAAAAAGGUUAACGUUAAAAAUUGAAAUGCGGCUUUCCCAGAGUUCUUUCUGAUACAGCCACUUUCCAGGACUUACAUGGAACAAUAUUUCGUUAUUGAAACUCUAGGACUUCUUGUUUGAGAGAGAGAGAGUAGUGUGCCUUCCUAUGCGAUAUGGU